UCCGAACACGGAAGUCAUGUCUUCAUCCAGCAUGUCUAUAUUUGCGUUUUAUUCCCUGUAAAUGUUCUGGUUUUCAUCCAAUUUGUUCUUCAUGUGUAAUCAUGAACAGGACACAGCUGAAGCGGUCCAAUAUCUUGAGGAUGGCUCUGACCGGUGCGGAGGAGACGAACCAGGACGACAAUGAAGACUCUUUCAUACUCCGGGCAGUCAGAAUAGCAGCUGUGGUUGCUCUCUACUGGUUUAUCUCUAUAACAAUGGUGUUCCUUAAUAGCUACUUGCUGGACAAUCGAGACUUGGACGCGCCGUUGUUUGUCACUUUCUAUCAGUGUGCGGUGACUGUUGGACUGUGCUGGCUCAUGCAGCUGCUGUCCUUGAUGUGUCCGGGAGUCGUCAACUUCCCUUCGGUCACGUUCAGCUUGAAGACGUCGCGGGAGGUCCUGCCGCUGUCCAUUGUUUUCAUCGGCAUGAUCACCUUCAAUAACCUGUGCCUAAAAUACGUCGGGGUGGCUUUCUACACGGUGGGCCGAUCCCUCAGCACAGUUUUCAAUGUGCUGCUGUCAUACGUUGUCCUGAAACAAACAACAUCUUUUCAAGCCCUGACGUGCUGCGGAAUUAUACUUGGUGGGUUCUGGCUCGGUGUGGACCAGGAAGGUUUGACGGGAUCACUGUCUUGGUCAGGUGUGUUUUUUGGGGUGCUGGCGAGUGCCUGUGUCUCUCUCAAUGCCAUCUACACUAAGAAAGUGAUGCCUGCUGUGAAUGGAAGUAUCUGGAAACUCUCUUACUACAACAACAUUAACGCGUGCGUCCUCUUCCUGCCGCUCAUAAUCGUGUUUGGCGAGUUGAGCCGAGUGGCCAGCUUCAGCCGCCUGACGGACCUCGGCUUUUGGGGAAUGAUGACGUUGGGAGGCGUGUUUGGUUUCGCCAUCGGCUACGUCACAGGCCUCCAGAUCAAGUUCACCAGCCCGCUCACGCACAACGUCUCAGGAACGGCAAAAGCCUGCGCGCAGACUGUCAUUGCAGUGGUGUACAACUCGUCCAGUAAAAGCCUGCUGUGGUGGACCAGUAACAUGAUGGUUCUUGGUGGCUCAUCAGCCUACACGUGGGUAAAAAGUCAAGAAAUGAAGAAAACUUCCUGUAGAGACCCUCAGGAUCCGGCCAAGGAAAACUUACUCCAAAAGGAGACGGGAAAAGCCGGAGUGUAACCACUUCCUCUCAGAAGAAAAGGCUUCAGUUUUUUUUCAUGUGCAUCAAGAAUGUCUCAUACUGUUGUUUUAGGAAUGACUGUGUUUAAGUGAUGUGUGAGUUUGGUUAAAUGCUGUUAAAGCUAUUUAUAGUCUGUUUUGGGGCCUUUUUACGAUGAUUAAAAGGAAUAAGAGUUUUGAGAAUUAUGUCUGUUAUGCUUUAGUCUUUAAGUGAAAACAGAAUGAAGAUAUUUACUCAGACUGAGUAUAGUGGUGUUAGAGGGAAAUAGAGACUUUUCUACGCUUAUUUAACACAGAAUAUAUUUUUGUUAAAUGUGGUAUAGGGAAGGGGGGGGCUCCAGUAGAGCCUGAAAUUCCUGGAAAUUCAGCCAUUCAGACUGGUGUCAUUUAUGGAUUAAUGUAGUUACGUUGGUAUCAUUAAACUUGCCUUCAGCAGAAACACACAGGGAAACUGAUACCCUGUAGUCCUGUAAGAGAAUACACUAGAAAAGCUAACAAACCUGUCUGUGGAGGUGAUGCUUAUACGGAAAACACUCCCUCAGCAUCUUUGAAAUGUUUCUUAGCCGUGCAUUGUGUGGUACAUAUUUGUUUAGGUAGGGAAGACUUGGAAGAUAAAAUCAAACGGACAUUGAUGUCACGGUUGUUGCAUUCCCAAAUGAAGUGGUGCAGAUUAAAAACUCAUGGUAUCAUUAUAAAGUUGUGUUUUACUUUUUAAUACGUGGUAUUACAUAAGGCAGCUUAAAUAGCACUUCCUGUAAAGGUUUGACUAAAUAAUUGUCAGAACUUUAAAUGAUCAAAUUAUUGAUCCAGUUUAGAUUAUGAAAUUACAUUUGAUUUUCAUCAUGGGGUAAACUGAAGCUACUUAAUGGUUUUAUUGUUAAAUUACGGCAUAAUUGUUUUGAAUUUUAUCCUUUAAUGUCUUUUUUUGGCUUUGUUAAAAAUGUUUAAUGGUUUCUGCACAAGCAUGUUAUUUUCUGUCAAAUCAACUUCACUGAAUAUUGUUUAAUUUUAGAAACCAGUCAGUUAACCAGAAAAAAAUGUGUUAAAGAAACUGUUGAGUCUGAGCUUUAGUAUAGUUAAUCAGGAAUGUCAUUUAGGAUUUGUGUGUGUCCCUUUUAUUGUCUCAGAAAUGAUUAAAUCUGCUGCUCGUGAUGUUUUGUGGAAACAUUGAUAAACUUUGCAAUUGUUCCUCUUCAGGCCUCGUGUUAUAGUAAAAAUCUCAUAAACAAGUGGA